AUGCCUCCUAGGGCAAUGAACCCAAAGGCCAUCAAGAAGAUGGUAGGGGAGUUGUUUGAAGAGAAACUCAAAGAGACUGGACAGACCAAGGGAAAGGACAAAACUUGUGAUGAUGAAUCAGAGGAGGAGAAUGAAGACCAGGAGGUCAUCCCUCAGAAUAUGGCACCUGAUCAAAAGAUGUUCUUGGAUGCUUCGAAAUCAAUAAACAAAGAGAAUGUGGAAAGUUUACCUAUCUAUGCUGUUAAUAGAAGUACAGGGAGAAGCCCACUUGAGGUUGUGUAUGGAUUACAUCUUAGAGGGAUACUUGAACUUAGAGAUCUUGGAGGUAUGGAAAGAAGGAGUGCUCAAGGAGAGGACUUUGCCAUCACUGUGAAGGAGAUCCAUGAUCAAGUCAAGACUUCACUUCACAAAAGUGUAGAAAAAUACAAACUCAAGGCAGAUGUUAAGAGAAGGGAUGUUCAGUUUAAGGUGGGAGAUUUGGUGAUGGCCUACCUAAGGAAGGAAAGGUUGCCCAAGGGUCAACCAUAUAAACUACUCAUGAAGAAGAUAGGACCUCUUCAGGUGGUUCAUAAAUUUGGUAAUAAUGCUUAUGGGGUUGAAAUUCCACUAGAUUUGGGGAUCUCUCCCAUUUUCAAUGUAUGUGAUUUGACAACCUUUAAGGGUCCUUUACCUGAUGCAACACCUGGUUCAUCUCUUGUGGAAGAGGAUGUAGAUUGGGUGAAGGAUUUGCCACUAAGCAAACCAUUGGAGUUGGAGAGUAUCCUUGAUUCCAAGGUGAUCAAACAAACCAUAAGAGGGGUCUACAAGGACUACUUGGUCAAGUGGAAGGACCUCCCUGAGUCUGAAGCUACUUGGAUGUCUGAAAGUGAUAUCAUAAAGCAUGAAACCUCAGUCACCCGGUUGGAAACUCAAGGGACUUGA